AUGGCGAGGCGGACAGAGGGGAGAUUCGUGGUUUUGACGCCGAAUACGCGCGCUGCUUUCCGGGAUAAACACCUUCGGUUUAACACGGGCUUGUUGGCUUUUUCGUGGAGCUUCGUUUUAAUCUGCUCAGCUCUUUCUUGUGGAUAUUGCGGAGCUGAGUCGGAGUUUUCCAUCCUGGAAGAAGCGCAAGUUUUGGCCGAUCAAAUGAAAAAGCUGUCCUCUCAGGAGCUGGGAGUCUUUACUAUGCAGAGGAUUUUCAACUCGUUUGUGUACACCGAGAAGACAUCAAACGGAGAGACAGAAGUGCAGCAGUUGGCCAAGAAGAUUCGGGAGAAGUUUAACCGCUACCUGGAUGUGGUGAACAGGAACAAACAGGUGGUGGAGGCCUCAUACACUGCCCACCUCACCUCUCCACUCACUGCCAUACAGGACUGUUGCUCCAUACCAGCAUCUAUGAUGGAGUUUGAUGGAAACUUCAAUACCAACGUCUCCAAGACCAUCUGCUGUGAUAGACUUUCCCCCACUGUUAACAGCCGAGCUUUCAACCCUGGACGAGACCUCAACUCAGUGUUGGCAGACAACCUUAAGUCCAACCCGGGGAUAAAGUGGCAGUACUUCAGCUCAGAGGAGGGCAUCUUCACCGUCUUCCCCGCCCACAAGUUCCACUGUAAAGGAAGCUACGAGCACCGCAGCAGGCCUGUGUACGUGGCUGCAGUUCGCCCCCAGUCUAAACACAUCGUGGUGAUGGUCGACCAUGGAGCGUCUGUUACGGACACCCAGCUUCAGAUUGCCCGAGACUCUGCACUUGUCAUCCUUAACGCCAUAGAUGAACACGACAAGAUCUCCAUUCUGUCAGUGGCGGAGACGGUUCGUUCCUGCUCUCUGGACCAGUGCUACAAGAGUCUGCUGUCUCCAGCCACCAGCGAGACCAAAAGGAAGAUGAGCACCUUCAUCUCCAACAUCAAGGCUUCCGAUGGCGCCACACAGCACGCGGCGGGCUUCCAGAAGGCGUUCCAGCUACUCCGAAACACCACCAGCCUCAGCAAGCAGGGCACCACGACAGACAUGGUGAUCAUCUACCUGUCGUCCGGUAUCACGUCUCGAGAAUCGUCGGAGCAGGAGAAGAGAGCGACGCUCAGCGUGGUCAGAGAGGAGAACCGACACCUCAACAACUCGGUCAUGAUCCUCACCUACGCCCUCAUGAACGAGGGAGUAACGGGCCUGAAGGAGUUGGCCUUCCUCAGGGACCUCGCAGAGCAGAAUUCGGUGAAGUACGGCGUCGACAGAACGGCAGACCGCUCCUCUUUGGUGUCGUCAUCUGGAUCAGCAGGAGCUUCGGUGAUGCCGGUGGUGAAGGGAAGCAUGAUGGUGCUGAACCAGCUGAGCAACCUGGAGACAACAGUGGGCCGCUUCUACAUCAACCUGCCCAACCGCAUGAUCGACCUGGCCCGCUUUAGCCUGCCCUACGCUGACCCCAUGGGAGACGGAUUUAUUAUGACUGUGAGCCGGCCGUGUUACUUUGGUAACCUGCUGCUGGGCGUGGUCGGGGUGGAUGUGAACCUGGCCUACAUCUUAGAGGAUGUCACCUACUACCAAGACUCACUGGCUUCAUACACCUUCCUCAUCGACAACAAAGGUUACACCCUGAUGCACCCAUCGCUGACACGGCCUUACCUGAUGACAGAGCCUCCCCUGCACACUGACAUUAUCCACUACGAGAAUAUCCCAGGAUUCCCUGCUGUCCGACAGAACAUCCUCAGCCUCCCCCUGGGCAGUCAGGUCAUCGCUGUUCCAGUCAACUCCUCUCUGUCCUGGCACACCAACCGGCUCAGGGACAACAGCAAAGAGGCAUACAAUGUCAGCUACGCCUGGAAACUGGUUCAGGACACGUCGUUCAUCCUGUGCAUUGUGUACGUGCAGCCUGAGAUCCCAGUAAAGCAGCUGAAGAACCUGAACACAGCUCCCAGUUCAAAGCUGCUCUACCACCGUUUAGACCUGCUGGGUCAACCCAGUUCCUGUCUGCACUUCAAACAGCUUGCCACUGUCGAGUCCCCCACAGUGAUGUUGGCAGCUGGUAGCUUCUCCUCUCCCUAUGAGCACCUCAGUCAGCCAGAAACAAAGCGUAUGGUGGAGCACUACACCGCCUACCUGAGUGAUAACACCCGGCUCAUAGCCAACCCAGGCCUCAAGUCCUCUGUCAGGAACGAGGUUAUGGCGACCAGUCACGUCACGGAUGAGUGGAUGACACUAAUGGAAAUGAGUAGCCUCAACUGCUACAUUGUGCGCCGUUACAUAGCAACCCCCAGUGGGGUGCUCCGGAUUUACCCAGGAUCGCUGAUGGACAAAGCCUUCGACCCGACCCGCAGACAAUGGUACCAGCAUGCUGUGGCUAACCCUGGCCUCAUCACCUUCACGGGGCCAUACCUGGAUGUGGGCGGGGCGGGAUACGUUGUCACAAUCAGCCACACCAUCCACGCCUCCAGCUCUCAGAUGGCUCCUGGUUAUGCAGUCGCAGUGAUGGGCAUCGACUUCACCCUUCGCUACUUCUAUAAAGUCUUGCUCGACCUGCUGCCCAUCUGCAACCAGGACAAAGGCAACAAGAUCAGGUGCUUCAUAAUGGAGGACCGAGGCUACUUAGUAGCACACCCCACUCUCAUUGACCCCAAAGGUCAUGCCCCUGCAGAGCAACAGCACAUCACACACAAGGAGCCUCUGGUGGCUAACGACAUCCUUAACCAUCCCAAUUUUGUCAAGAAGAACCUGUGCAACAGCUUCAGCGACCGCACCGUGCAGCGCUUCUACAAGUUCAACACCAGCAUCGUGGGGGACCUCACCAAUCUGGUCCAUGGCAGCCACUGUUCAAAAUACCGUCUGACCAGAAUCCCUGGUACCAACGCCUUCGCUGGUAUCGUCAACGAGACGUGUGACUCCCUGGCGUUCUGCGCCUGCAGCACCGUGGACCGGCUCUGCCUUAACUGCCACAGGAUGGAGCAGAAUGAGUGUGAGUGUCCAUGUGAGUGCCCCCUAGAGGUGAACGAGUGCACAGGCAACCUCACCAACGCUGAAAACAGGAACCCCAGCUGUGAGGUGCAUCAGGAGCCAGUCAGUCUGAAUGUGAUUGAUCCCAGUCUGCAUGAUACCCUGCCCCAGUGCAUCAACACGCGCUGUAGCCAGAGAUACACCAGCAGUGACUGUUUCGGCGUGUUGGACUGUGAGUGGUGCAUGGUGGACAGCGAUGGUAAGACUCAUCUGGACAAGCCAUACUGUGCCCUGCAGAAGGAGUGUUUCGGAGGCAUCGUCGGCGCCAAGAGUCCCUAUGCGGACGGUCUGGGGCUCUUAGAUGAGGAGGUGGCGUCUCUGAACAUGAUCAAGAGUGCCCCUGUGGGUCCAGUUGCUGGGGGCAUUAUGGGAUGUAUCAUGGUGUUGGUGCUGGCUGUGUAUGCUUACAGACACCAGAUUCACAGGCGCUCGCACCAGCACAUGUCACCACUGGCGGCGCAGGAAAUGUCAGUGAGAAUGUCUAACCUGGAUAAUGAGAGAGAUGAGAGAGAUGAAGACAGCCACGAAGACCGAGGAAUCAUCAGUAACACUAGAUUUAUAGCUGCGGUGAUUGAGAGACACACACACACUCCUGAACGGAGACGGCGGUACUGGGGUCGAUCCGGGACAGAGAGCGACCAUGGUUACAGCACCAUGAGUCCGCAGGAGGACAGCGAGAAUCCACCCGGAAACAACGAUCCGCUCUCAGCAGGCGUCGACGUUGGUAACCACGAUGACGACCUCGACCUGGAUACACCUCCCCAAACGGCUGCGUUGCUCAGCCACAAGUUUCAUCCCUACCGGCACACGCAUACACACCACCACCCGCUGCACACGCACCACCUGCAAGCUGCAGUCACCGUGCACAGUGUGGACGCUGAGUGCUGAUCCUCAG